GAUCGUGGUUGUCAUUGAGGAGAAUAAUCACGAGGAUUCUACGAAAUGAGUGCCUAGCGUUGGAGGUGGGUCGUUGGUCAGCGGGCGCGCAAGAAGGGACGGUUGUUCGCCGGCGGAAGCCUGGAUAGUAGGAGGUUUCCAACAUGGCCGCUGCAUGUUACGAGAAGGAAGUGGUGGUAGGUGCCGCUAUGCAUGGACACGGUCAUCACCAUCAUCACCACCACCAUCAUCACCAUCACCAUCACCAUCAUGGGAUCACCGGCGGUUCGAACGGCGGCAGCAGCGGCGGCGGUGGCGGCGGCGGCGCCCAAGUCGCCACGGCCGCUGCUGUCACAGGCCCAACCGGCCAGCAAACCGUCCUCCCGGCCGCAUCGACCGGCAUCCUCGACACCACCGCCUCCGUCGCCGCUGUUUCCAGCUCCACCACUGUCACCGCGAACGCGAACACGAACGCAAACGCUGCUAACGCUAACGCGAACCCGACGGCAAACACGAAUACGAGCACCACCGCGACCGCGGCAGCUGUCGCGGCUGCGACGGCCGCGGCCGCCGCCGCUGCGGUAGCUGUUACUACUUACAAAGACUACAAGGAUUAUUCUCAGCCGCUCCACGUGGACUGCAGCGUCGAGUACGAGUUGCCCAGCCAGGCGAAGCCACCUCCUGGCGGCGGUGAACCUCUUCUAAUGAUACACCCCUGUUACUAUCGUCGCGCCGAGCGCGAGAGGAGAAGUCCGUUCGUGAACAAUCUACCGCCGCCGGCAAACGCACCUAUAACCUCGUCCAGGCGAAGCAGUAGAAGAAGCGCGUCAGCGGCAGUUGUCGUCGCAGCCACAGCAGCCUCGGCCACUUCCUCCACCUCGUCCAACGUGGUUGCACCCUCUUUCACAGUUGCUUCCGUUUCUACCUCGACCGUGUCUUCUUCGAGUUCCGCCGCUGCGGCCGCCGCCGCCGCAGCCGUGCUAUCAGCUACCGCGGCUGUCGUUGCUACCACCGAUACCUCUGGAUCGAACCUCGUCUGUACCACCGGUCAGAUGUCCGCCGCCGCUAUGGCAGCUUCCUAUCGUGCAGCUCUCAACGCUGCUGCCAAUCUAUCUCAACAACAACAACAACAACAACAACAACAACAGCAGCAGCAACAGAGGCGUCAACAUCAUCCGCAACAGCAACAACCACCGCCACCGCCUCCUCCGCAGCCGCAGCCACAGCCGCAGCCUCAACCGCAGCAAACUCAUCAUCAUCAUCAUCGACCUCACGUUCAUCCCGCUCAUCACAGUCAGCAGCAGCAACAACAACAGCAACAACAACAGCAGCAGCAAAGCUCGGUCACCUCGUCUACAACCGGCACCGAGCUGAUCUCUGCCGACGAGAAAGCAGUCAUAUCAGGUAUUUAUCAACACUACUUCCGCGCGAUGCGCGCUCACAAUCAUCAGCAUCGGCAACAGCAGCAACAACAGCCGCAACCGCCGCAGCAACAAGUUGCCCAACAACAACAACAACAACAUCGCACCACCCAUCAACUUCAUCAUCAAGCUCACCAAAGCGACCGAAGUUCCUCCUCGUCAGUGGCGCCGACGGCCACUUCGAUCACCGGUAUACUACGCCAGACGUAUCAACAGACCACGUAUAACGCGACCAGCUCGAACUCGUCGAGCCAUCUCAGGGCAGCGACGGCCACAGCGGCGGUCGGCCAUCAUCCGUACAGACGGCCGUCGGCGACGUUGCUUUCGCGUGCCGCGUCCCAUAUUGGCCAGCAAGUAUCCUCAUCCUCUUCCUCUACGUCGAUCGGUGGUUCCAGCGGCGUUUCCACUGGCGGCGUGUCAAGCGUGUAUGCGAGCACGAUACACAGGCACCAUGCGUCCUCGUUGAACGCCCUUCAGGCGGCCGGUUUUUACGAAACGCCCGGUUAUCAUGCGCUCUUGCCGCAGAGUUAGGUGUUCACCAACGGUAACCCGCUCGAGACCGACCCCGUUGCUAGCGUUCAUUUAUUCACCUAAU